AUGUUGACAAUCUAUUACACAGUUCUAUAUUUUCUCAUGGCAACACAAGAUAUUACUGUUGACGGCUGGUCAAUUGAAAUGCUUCCAGAAGAGUAUAAAAAUAUUGCGAGUGUAGCACUGAACGAUACCUUUGCGUACUUAGUCGGAAAGAAGUAUGGAAAAACAUCUUUGAUAAACGUUUCACCCAACAAGACUAUUGAAGGAUUUUUAGGUGCUGCGGUAUUGACACCGAUUUUCACUCUGCUGGUUGGUGAAGUGCUUCAGCGAUUCAAAUUAUUUACAUGUGCGGAUUUGGGAUUUUCUCCAACAAUACCGCUGUUCCACGACGUUACGCAGGACUGUAAAGUGAGUUCGAGAUUUGCGCUGCAGCCUAUUAAAAUUUUGGGUUUGAAUUUGUUUUAUCGUCAUGCCUGGUUUGAUUUUAUUAUUUUCGGAUUAUUCGCGUCGUUCGGCGCACCGUUGGGCGGAUUUUUAUCUAGUGCCAUAAAGCGAUAUUUCAAAAUUAAAGACUAUAGUAACACGUUUCCAGGUCACGGAGGUUAUUCCGACCGUUUCGACUGCCAGUUGAUCAUGGCUAUGUUUACAUGGUUAUACGCCGAACGAGAUAUCCUGUGUACGUUGAAACAGACGGAAACACGCUUUACACAUACAACACCGAUCAUAACGUUAAAAUGUUUACGAUCAGCUGCGAACAGCUUUUGA